AUCCUAAAAUAUUACAUUUUAUUUCUAACAUUUUUUAAAAAUAAAUUAAGAAUGAGAUGAAUUUCUUCAAUAUAUAAGCUCGAAGAUCUCCGACGAAGCAUCGAAAUCGGUGGAGUACUCAAGGAAAAUGGCAUUUCCGGUGGCGAAAGCAGCGUCUCUUGCUCACAUAGCUAGAGAAUCGUCAAAUAUUCAUCGUCUUUCUCAAUUCUACAAAGAGAUGUUUGGAUUCGAAGAAAUCGAGAGUCCAGAUUUCGGUGAACUCAAGGUCAUUUGGUUAAACCUUCCUUCUGCCUUUCAACUUCACCUCAUCCAAAGAGACCCUAAUUCCAAGCUUCCCGAAGGUCCAUGGAGCGCCACGUCACCCGUUGCUGACCCUAGCCAUCUUCCUCGAGGUCACCACAUCUGUUUCUCGGUUCCCAUUUCCAAUUUCGACUCUGUCGUUCAUGCUCUCAAGGAAAAGGGCAUCCAGACUUUUGAGAAGACCCUUCCAAAUGGGAAGGUAAAGCAAGUCUUCUUCUUUGAUCCGGAUGGUAAUGGAUUGGAGAUUGCAAGUCGGGAAGAUUGAGUAAGAUCUAGCCUACAUACUGUAAUCAAAUGUAAUAUAAUGUACGGUUUUAAAUGGGGGUUUCGUAGCAGAGCCUUGUUCGACAAACUUAUAAUCAACGUGAAUAACCGUAUAUUUUAUUACUUAAUCUUCUCAUUCUUCCCUCUCCCACUUCUCAUCUAAAGUGUUUGUUGAAAUUGAUAGAUAGACUUGUGUUUGAACAAUGGGAAUGUGAGGAAUUGAUAUAAUAAAUGGAUGAAAUUGGUGUCUGACUGAA